AUGCUGCCAGCCGUGAGAGGCUUACAGCGAUCCCUUCGUGCCUUCUCUACCAAUGCUGUGCGCUGCGAGAAACCGCUUCCUCCCCGACUCGUGAUCCCCGAGAUAGAUAUCACAGAGAGCUUCCUCAAAGGCACCGGUCCGGGUGGGCAGAAGAUCAACAAGACCUCGUCGGCCGUACAGUUGAAGCACCUGCCGACAGGGAUUGUAGUCAAGAGCCAGGAGACUCGAAGCCGAGAGCAGAAUCGGAGGACGGCUAGACGGAUACUGGCAGAGAAGCUGGAGGAUAUUGAAAAGGGACCUCUGAGCAGAACUGCGCUGAAGGCGGAGAAGGCGAGCAAGAAGAAGGCAAGUGCGGCCAAGAAGGCGAGGAGGAAGUAUCGCAAGUUGGACGAGGAGAAGGCGCAGUCUGAGGAUGCGAGCAAGGAUGGCCAGGAUGAAAGCCCCAGCGCCGCCAGCGAGGUGAAUGAUGAGGCUCGAGUGGUGGGAGAAGACAGCAAGAGCGACGGUGAUGGAAAGUCGCCUCGAGGCUGA